UUCUCUAAAUCGAUGCGUUUGUUAUGGGAAAAGUACUUUCUGCGAUUGACGCGCGUAUUUUUAAAAUCACUUUUUUACGUUUUUAUUUUCCUUAUACGCGUGUAAUUUUAAAAUGAUUUAAGAAUUCAUCGAAUAUAAUUUUUUUUUCAACCGAAAGAUGUCGGUGAAAAUGACAAUUUUCAAACGAAAGAGCACCUCUGUUCAAAAUUUGUAGUAAUCAUGCGUUGGUUUAAUUUCGUAUAUAAUUGAACCGGUAUUAAAGCCUACCCAUGCGGUUGUGGUGCGAAACGUUGUGUAAGUUCGGUGAUCGUCGUGAUAAUUAGAUUACGACUUUCGAUACCCCUAUUUUAAAUGGGAAAAAUAAUAUUUUUUCUUUUAUUUGUAUUAUUGUUUUUUUUGGAAAGUGGUUACUGUGAAUUAAGCUCAAAAUAUAAUAAUCAUAUGGUCAACAUUAGACACGCUAAGAAAAAGGAUCAUGCUAAUCGAGACGACCGUUUCUACUCUAGAACUUAUUCUUACGAGUAUGACGAUUAUUGGAUGUCCAGUACGGAAGAUACGACAGCAUUUGAGACGACCACAGAUUACUCGUAUACUUCCGAUAUUCAAGAGACUACUACCGAAGAUCUCGAUUACAUGACGAGUAUUUCCGAGACGACUGUAGACGAAUCUUCUAUUUACGACGUAAAAGAAGACGUGGUGACAAAAUUUCUACGUAUUGUUGAAUCACAACAUGAACUGGGUGAAAAUUGUACCGCGGGCACUGACUUGAACCUCGGUGAAGGAGUCGUCGAUCGGUACGCACAAGAGCGGUUUCGCAUCGAAGCAGAAGUAGCGGUAAAUCGAGCGAAUUUUCUAACCAGACUUUGGAAGUACGCUGGUCGGGAUGUGAUGAACUCGGAAUACUUACUACACGCUAGUAUUUUCUCGAUGGUGGAAUUCAAUCAGAAUAUAUUCGCGGCUGGAAACUGCUACGACAAAUAUCAGUACAAAGAUUACGUGUUAUUUUGCCCAUACGCUCAUCGGCUGCCUGGAGGCCAAAUAUUGGCGAAAAAUUUAGCCUUAGAAUACAAAUACCUUGGUAACAAUAGCGAAUGGUUCUACCAAGCGAGAAAAAACGCUGAAAAAGUCAUCAAUAAAAAAAAGAUUUAUAGCUACGGUUAUCAUACGUAUACAUGGAAUGAAUCUACUCAUACCGAAAGGGAAGCUGACGAAAUUCUUACCGUGAGUUAUGAAGACGGAAGAUGGAGUAAACCAUAUUACGAUUGCGGUGGUGGUAACAUCUGGAUGCUCACUUAUACAGUUCCGUUUUUUGGCUACCGUAAUGGAACUUAUUUUUUCAAAGGAACAAGUGGAAUCGAUAUUGAUUUAAGAAGAGUAGAUAUUGAUCAAUGUCCGUUGCCUGAAGGAGAAAAAAAUUUGAAUAUUUUUGCCGCUUCGGAUAAAUGCAAGAAAGCUACAACUUUUUGCGUUUCAAUUAAAGGACUCGGAUUUCGACGUGGCAGUUACAAAUGCGUUUGUCAGAAGGGUUUCUAUUUUCUAAACAAAAGCGCAGAUCACGACUAUUUCGACGGUACGAUAAUCGAAGAAGAAUAUGAAAAACUCAUGUUGGGAGAAGAAAGUAUUUACAAUGUCUCGGGAUCGUUUGAAUGUUUGCCUUGUGCCGAAGGAUGCGAAUCAUGUGUCGAUUCGAGGCCUUGUGUAUUAGCUUUAAAUUGGGUUCUGCGAACAACCAUUCUCAUAUUAUCCUGUUUAAUCAUUUUGUGUUUACUAAUCGUCGAGUUCUUCACGUGGAGGUAUCGUAACGUGAAGGUCGUUCGAGCAGCUAGUCCAGUAUUAUUAAGAGUUAUCGCAUUGGGAGCAUUUUUCGUAUAUUGCACGACUAUAGUGAUGUAUCCGACUCCGACGAUAAUCACGUGUACAAUAAAAGUUUGGCUUAGAGAAAUCGGAUUUUCUAUAACAUAUGGAGCUUUAAUGCUGAAAACCUGGAGGAUAUCGGUAAUAUUUCGAGUACGUUCAGCCAGAGCAGUGAAAAUCACAGACAUAGACCUGAUGAAGAAAUUAGGCAUUAUAGUUUUAGUGUUCAGCACGUUUUUAUGCAUUAGAACAUUGGUAGCUCCACCUUUGGUACUGACAGUGAGGACAGCUGAUGAUUUGAAGGCAUAUCUGUGUGAAACAUCAUGGUGGGAUCAUUGGUUCUCUAUCAUGGAAGCUUUGUUCCUUGCUUGGGGAAUCAGAUUGUGUAUUGUUGUUCGAAAGGCUCCAUCAGAAUUUAAUGAAAGUCGUUUCAUUUCAAUGGCAAUAUAUAAUGAAUUUCUGUUGUCGAUAUUUCUUAACGUGUCGAUGUUUUUUCUUCAUUCUCCAGCCAAUCCAGAUCUACUUUAUAUUAUUUGUUUCUGCCAUACGCAAAUUACUAUUACUCUGCUAUUGUGUUUCAUUUUCGGAAGCAAAGCUUAUAUGGUGUUCAAAGGGCACGGUAAAAAUGCAAAUGGCUCAAGUACUAUUAAUAUAAAACUAUCAACGAGUAAAUUUUUAUCAAAACCAGCUCAUCCAAGUUCUUCCCAAGCAUUCCCAUCGAGCAGUUCAAUAAACAUAUCAGGCGGUGUUGAUAAAAUGACAGAACAAGAUAUUCAAGAAGAACUACAAAACAUAUGUAAACAAUUGGAAACGCUGAAAGAUAAAAAUUCACGUUACGGGAACAGAAAAUUAGCCUCGAAAUUAAGCUCAAUAUACGACUGCAGUGUUAAAACAAUGGAGGAAAUCUCCGUCGAAGAAGAAUCUAGCAGUUCGAUGGCUGCAGAAAAACCUUCAGAAGAUAGUUACAGAAUAGAGAUGAAAAACGUUAAAAAGAUGACCAACGAUACGAACCAUCUACGCAAUUCUUCUAUUCAAGACGCUUCUAAUAAAGAGACUUUUUUAGAUUAUAAUUGUUGCUCAGCAAAUUCCAAAAGUAAUAAUAAAAUUAAGCAUGUAAGUAGUAAUUCAUCUUGCAUCAAGGAUUACCUUAAACGUAAUUCCAUAUUCGCUAGUGAUAUCAGAAAUUCGAAUAAAAAUUUCGAAAAUAAAAUAGAACAAGCUCAAGCCCGUACAAUAAUUUUCAAUGUUGAAGAUAAAUCGCAAUGCAAACAAGUUUCGCUGUAGUUGUGAUUUUAUUAAACAAUGAUUUUUUUUCAAUUUUUUCGUUUUUUUUUUAAUUACAUGUAUUUUUUUUACUCAUUAAAAUUUAGUGUUUCUUUUAGCAACAAUUUUUAUAAAAAUGAAUUUUACAAAUAUUUACUUGGAAAAAGAGAUUAAUUUAAGUCUUUGAUUUUUAUUUCAGACAUAUCUCAUAUGAUGUGUGAAAUGGUCCAUGUUGUUACUUUUUUCCUUAGGUAGGUAUACCGAAAAAUGUCUUCAUAAUGUUGUUUUUUGUGUGUAAUAUUUAUUUUUGUAUGUCGAAUGCAAUUUUCUUCCUUUUAAAUUAAAUUUCUCUACUUGAGUAAGCGAACUGUGUAUUUAUGUAAUUUAGAAUUUUUUAGUUUUUGUUUUAUUAUUUUAAAAGCGUUACCUAAUUUACAUUAUUUAAUACAAUUUUCGCUGUAUAAGCCAUUGGUAUACGUUAUGAGAUUUCAUUACCUACAUGAUUAUAAUAAUGCUGCUUCUCAAGAUAUUGUUAAAUUUUUGAUAUUAUGAAAAUACCUAUUCAUUUUUUUUAAAACAUUAUUUCA